GAAAAAGUAGAAUAUGCCUUCCUGAUAAUUUUUACAGUUGAAACAUUUUUGAAGAUUAUAGCAUAUGGAUUAUUAUUACACCCCAAUGCGUAUGUUAGAAAUGGAUGGAAUUUAUUGGAUUUUGUAAUAGUAGUAGUAGGAUUAUUUAGUGUAAUAUUGGAACAAUUAACCAAAGAAACAGAAGGUGGCAGCCACUCAGGUGGCAAACCUGGUGGCUUUGAUGUCAAAGCCCUAAGAGCCUUUCGUGUAUUGCGACCUCUCCGGCUUGUAUCAGGAGUGCCCAGUUUACAAGUUGUCCUGAACUCCAUUAUAAAAGCCAUGGUCCCCCUUCUCCAUAUUGCCCUUUUGGUAUUGUUUGUAAUCAUAAUCUAUGCUAUUAUAGGAUUGGAACUUUUUAUUGGAAAAAUGCACAAAUCCUGUUUUCUUAUUGAUUCAGAUAUACUAGUUGAAGAAGAUCCAGCACCUUGUGCAUUCUCAGGGAAUGGACGUCAGUGUGUCAUGAAUGGCACUGAAUGUAAGGGUGGAUGGGUUGGACCAAAUGGAGGCAUAACCAACUUUGAUAAUUUUGCAUUUGCAAUGUUGACUGUGUUCCAGUGUAUAACCAUGGAAGGAUGGACUGAUGUGUUAUACUGGGUAAAUGAUGCAAUAGGAUGUGAAUGGCCAUGGAUCUAUUUUGUUAGUCUUAUCAUCCUUGGCUCAUUUUUCGUACUUAACCUGGUUCUUGGUGUACUUAGUGGAGAAUUUUCCAAGGAAAGAGAAAAAGCCAAGGCCCGAGGGGACUUUCAGAAGCUACGUGAAAAACAGCAGCUUGAAGAAGAUCUGAAGGGAUAUUUAGACUGGAUUACACAGGCAGAAGACAUUGACCCUGAGAAUGAUGAAGAGGUUGAUGAAGAAGGCAAGCGGAACAGGGUUACACUGGCUGACUUAAUGGAAGAAAAGAAGAAAAGCAGGCUUAGAUGGUUUGGCCGUUCUUCCAAUAAACAUGCAAGCAUGCCCACCAGUGAAACUGAAUCAGUGAACACGGAAAACGUGAGCGGAGAAGGAGAGAACCCGGCAUGCUGUGGGAGCUUAUGUCAAACCAUCUCAAAAUCCAAGUUCAGUCGACGCUGGCGUCGCUGGAAUCGAUUUAAUCGAAGAAAAUGUAGAGCUGCAGUAAAAUCUGUCACAUUUUAUUGGCUUGUUAUUGUCUUGGUCUUUCUGAACACAUUAACUAUCUCAUCAGAGCAUUAUAAUCAACCUGACUGGCUGACCCAGAUCCAAGAUAUCGCAAAUAAAGUUCUUCUGGCUUUAUUCACCUGUGAAAUGUUAGUAAAGAUGUACAGCUUGGGCCUACAGGCUUAUUUUGUUUCUCUUUUUAACCGCUUUGAUUGCUUCGUUGUUUGUGGUGGCAUUGUUGAAACCAUUUUGGUGGAGUUGGAAAUUAUGUCACCCCUUGGAAUUUCAGUGUUUCGCUGUGUUCGUCUCCUGCGUAUUUUUAAAGUAACAAGGCACUGGGCAUCCCUGAGCAACUUGGUAGCAUCCUUGUUAAACUCAAUGAAGUCCAUUGCUUCACUGUUGCUUCUGCUUUUCCUCUUCAUCAUAAUCUUCUCGUUGCUUGGAAUGCAGCUGUUUGGAGGCAAAUUUAAUUUUGAUGAAACUCAAACAAAACGGAGCACCUUCGAUAAUUUUCCACAAGCUCUUUUAACUGUAUUCCAGAUUCUAACAGGUGAAGACUGGAAUGCUGUUAUGUAUGAUGGCAUAAUGGCAUAUGGUGGCCCAUCAUCGUCAGGCAUGAUAGUCUGUAUAUAUUUCAUUAUCCUCUUCAUCUGUGGUAACUAUAUCUUGCUAAAUGUCUUCUUGGCCAUUGCUGUGGAUAACUUGGCAGAUGCUGAAAGUCUAAAUACAGCUCAGAAAGAAGAAGCUGAAGAAAAGGAAAGGAAAAAGAAUGCCAGAAAAGAGAGUCUGGAAAAUAAAAAAAGUGAGAAGUCAGAAGGUGACCAGAAGAAGCCCAAGGAUAGUAAGGUGACAAUUACUGAAUAUGGAGAAGGAGAAGAUGAGGAUAAAGAUCCCUAUCCACCCUGUGAUGUACCAGUAGGUGAAGAUGAAGAAGAUGAGGAGGAUGAACCAGAGGUACCAGCAGGCCCACGUCCCCGUAGAAUUUCAGAACUAAAUAUGAAGGAGAAGAUCACACCGAUCCCUGAAGGGAGUGCCUUCUUCAUUUUCAGCAGCACCAAUCCAAUUCGAGUGGGAUGCCACAGACUCAUCAAUCACCACAUCUUUACGAAUCUCAUCCUUGUCUUCAUCAUGCUGAGCAGUGUUUCCCUAGCAGCAGAAGAUCCAAUUCGAAGCCAUUCUUUUAGAAAUAAUAUCCUAGGGUAUGCAGAUUAUGUCUUCACUAGUAUGUUUACAUUUGAGAUCAUUUUGAAGAUGACAGCUUUCGGAGCAUUCCUUCAUAAAGGGUCCUUCUGCAGGAAUUAUUUUAAUUUGCUGGAUUUGCUGGUUGUGGGUGUUUCUCUGGUAUCAUUUGGUAUUCAGUCAAGUGCUAUCUCAGUUGUGAAGAUCCUCAGAGUUUUAAGAGUCUUGAGGCCUCUAAGGGCAAUAAACAGAGCAAAAGGACUUAAGCAUGUUGUUCAAUGUGUCUUUGUGGCUAUUAGAACUAUUGGUAAUAUCAUGAUUGUUACAACUCUGCUGCAGUUCAUGUUUGCUUGUAUUGGAGUGCAGUUGUUCAAGGGAAUCAGAGGGAUAUACAUCGUUUAUAAAGAUGGAGAUGUUGAUAAUCCAAUGGUUAAAGAGAGGGUCUGGCAAAAUAGUGACUUCAACUUUGAUAAUGUUCUCUCUGCUAUGAUGGCCCUUUUUACAGUAUCGACUUUUGAAGGCUGGCCAGCGCUGCUGUACAAAGCCAUUGAUUCAAAUGGCGAGAAUGUAGGACCUGUAUACAACUACAGAGUAGAGAUCUCCAUUUUUUUCAUCAUCUAUAUCAUCAUUAUUGCUUUCUUUAUGAUGAACAUAUUUGUGGGGUUUGUGAUUGUUACAUUCCAGGAACAGGGAGAACAAGAGUAUAAGAACUGUGAGCUGGACAAAAAUCAGCGGCAGUGCGUAGAAUAUGCCUUGAAGGCACGUCCUCUUCGUAGAUAUAUUCCAAAAAAUCCUUACCAGUACAAGUUCUGGUAUGUGGUGAAUUCUACUGGAUUUGAAUACAUCAUGUUUGUCCUCAUCAUGCUGAACACACUUUGCUUGGCUAUGCAGCACUAUGGACAGUCUAAGCUCUUUAAUGAUGCAAUGGACAUUAUGAAUAUGGUUUUCACAGGAGUGUUCACUGUUGAAAUGGUUUUGAAACUGAUUGCAUUCAAACCCAAGAUUUUUGUAAGAAAAAAGGAAAGAUGGCUAGGCUAUUUUAGUGAUGCCUGGAAUACGUUUGACUCCCUCAUCGUUAUUGGCAGCAUAGUAGACGUCGUUCUCAGUGAAGCUGAUCCAAAGCCAACUGAAACAGUCACAACUGAUGAGUCUGGGAACUCUGAAGACAGCGCUAGAAUCUCCAUCACUUUUUUCCGUCUCUUCCGCGUGAUGAGGUUGGUGAAGCUGCUUAGCAGAGGAGAAGGAAUCAGAACUUUACUGUGGACAUUUAUUAAAUCAUUUCAGGCUCUGCCUUACGUUGCCCUUCUGAUAGCCAUGCUGUUUUUCAUCUAUGCUGUCAUUGGAAUGCAGGUAUUUGGAAAAGUGGCCAUGAGGGACAACAAUCAAAUAAACAGAAACAACAAUUUUCAGACUUUCCCACAAGCUGUGCUGCUUCUUUUCAGGUGUGCAACUGGAGAAGCCUGGCAGGAAAUCAUGUUGGCAUGUUUGCCUGGAAAACGCUGUGAUCCAGAAUCUGAUUAUAAUCCAGGGGAAGAAUACACAUGUGGAAGCAAUUUUGCCAUAAUUUAUUUUAUCAGUUUUUACAUGCUUUGUGCGUUUUUGAUUAUAAACUUAUUUGUGGCUGUCAUUAUGGAUAAUUUUGAUUAUUUGACACGUGACUGGUCUAUUCUGGGUCCCCAUCAUUUGGAUGAGUUCAAAAGGAUAUGGUCAGAAUAUGACCCUGAAGCAAAGGGAAGGAUAAAGCAUCUUGAUGUGGUUACAUUACUGAGACGCAUUCAGCCACCACUUGGUUUUGGCAAAUUAUGCCCUCACCGAGUGGCCUGCAAGAGGUUAGUAGCUAUGAAUAUGCCACUAAACAGUGAUGGAACCGUCAUGUUCAAUGCUACUUUAUUUGCUUUGGUUAGGACUGCUCUAAAGAUAAAAACAGAAGGUAACCUAGAGCAAGCAAAUGAAGAACUUAGAGCAGUUAUAAAGAAAAUAUGGAAGAAAACAAGCAUGAAAUUACUUGACCAAGUGGUCCCUCCAGCUGGCGAUGAUGAGGUAACCGUGGGGAAGUUCUAUGCCACCUUCCUGAUACAGGACUACUUUAGGAAAUUCAAGAAACGCAAAGAACAAGGACUGGUGGGGAAAUAUCCUGCGAAGAAUACCACGAUUGCUCUGCAGGCAGGACUAAGGACACUUCAUGAUAUUGGCCCUGAAAUUCGCCGAGCUAUAUCCUGUGACUUGCAAGAUGAUGAACCAGAGGAAAACAAUCCAGAGGAGGAGGAAGAUGUUUAUAAAAGGAAUGGUGCCCUUUUUGGCAACCACAUAAACCAUAUUAGCAGUGACAGACGAGAUUCAUUUCAACAGAUCAACACCACACACCGUCCCUUACAUGUCCAGCGGCCUUCAAUUCCAUCUGCAAGUGAUACUGAGAAAAACAUGUAUCAUCAGGCAGGAAAUUCUGUAUACCACAAUCAUCACAAUCAUAACUCAGUAGGAAAGCAAGUUCCAAACUCAACAAAUGCCAAUCUCAAUAAUGCCAAUGUGUCCAAAGUUGUUCAUGGAAAACACACAAGUUUUGGAAAUCGUGAGCAUAGAUCUGAAAAUGGUUACCAUUCAUACUCCAGAAGUGAUCAUGAGAAACGCAGAAGGCCAAGCAAUAGGAGAACCCGUUACUAUGAAACAUAUAUUAGAUCUGACUCUGGUGAUGGACGUCGACCUACUAUUUGCCGUGAAGAACGUGAAGUUCAAGAUUAUUGCAAUGAUGAUCAUUAUUUGGCAGAGCAGGAGUAUUUUAGUGGAGAAGAGUAUUAUGAGGAAGACAGUAUGUUGUCAGGAAACAGGAAUAUAUAUGAUUACCACUGUAGGUAUCACUGCCAUGACUCAGAUUUUGAGAGACCAAAAGGUUACCAUCACCCACAUGGGUUUUUUGAGGAAGAUGAUUCACAGAUCUGUUAUGACACAAAAAGAUCUCCUAGGAGACGGCUGCUACCUCCAACACCAACACCAAAUAGGCGAUCUUCCUUUAACUUCGAAUGCCUCCGCCGGCAAAGUAGUCAAGAUGACAUAGCACUCUCUCCCAAUUUCCACCAUCGCACUGCUUUACCACUUCACUUAAUGCAACAGCAGGUCAUGGCUGUUGCAGGUCUGGAUUCCAGCAAAGCUCAUAAACAUUCACCAAGUCGUUCAACGCGUUCCUGGGCUACCCCACCUGCAACCCCUCCCAACAGGGACCGUUCUCCCUAUUACACACCCCUAAUCCAGGUUGAUAGGGCUGAAUCUACAGAGCAUAUGAAUGGUAGCCUGCCUUCCUUGCACAGGAGCUCUUGGUACACAGAUGACCCCGAGAUUUCCUACCGAACAUUUACACCAGCCAGUUUAACUGUACCUAAUGACUUGAGGCAUAAACAUAGCGACAAACAGAGGAGUGCAGACAGUUUGGUAGAAGCGGUACUUAUAUCUGAAGGCCUAGGAAGGUAUGCAAAGGACCCUAACUUUGUUUCAGCUACAAAACACGAAAUUGCUGAUGCAUGUGAUAUGACUAUUGAUGAGAUGGAAAGUGCAGCAAGUAAUCUUCUCAAUGGAAAUAUUAGCAAUGGGACCAAUGGGGAUAUGUUUCCCAUUUUAAGCAGACAAGAUUAUGAACUUCAAGAUUUUGGUCCUGGCUACAGUGAUGAAGAACCAGAAACGGGACGAUAUGAAGAAGACUUAGCUGAUGAAAUGAUAUGCAUUACAAGCUUAUAGUAUUUAGCAAGGAAAAUGAUUCUAAUAACAGAAAAAGUGCCUCAUAGUUUAAAGAUGCUAGGCACUAGCUGGAGUAAAUAACCAAUCAAGAGUUGUACAAGUGAUGUCACACCUCAAGGAAGCCAUAACCAAUAAAUUUAUUAUCUCCAGGUUGCCGAAAUGUGAUCAGAGCUGCAGUACAUCAUGUCCUCCCACAAAAUCUUCAGUUCCUCUGUAGGAAUGAGGUUAUUUUGAAACCAAGCAGAUUGUGACAAUCAGGUUUUUUGAGGGCUAGAGUGGGAUUCUGAGGUGUAAUAUCUCACCUGUCUUUCAACCUUGUGCUGCUGUCCUUCCUAGUAGAGCAGGGUUUUGUCAAUGAAAAUGUCUGUGUAAGUCUGGCACAAAAUUGUGUGGGAAAUAGCAACAAGAGAUGAGUGAUGACAACCAAUAAUGUCAUUACCUCAGUAGUCAAUAGCAUAUCAGCUACCCAUUGCAUAUCCAUUCUAACGUUGUUUUCAAACUUGCCUCCAGAUUUCUUUUCUUAAUGCUCUUCUAAAAUACAGUUUGUCAUGCUCUACUUGUUAGAGAUUGUUGGAAAAAGAAGUUAUAUAAAGAGUAAUCUGUCAUAUGUAACACCAGUUUACAUAGGAAAAUAUCAUUCAGAUAGUCUGUUUUAUGACUAUCAUGUUAAGGGCAAAAUAUACUGGAAUAAAUGCAUUCUUACUAAUGCACUUGCAACCAGGUUAUAAUAGAAUUAGAUAAGAUAGUUUGCUAAAAAUUAUAUAGUAGAAAUUAUUGUAAAUGAAUUGUAAUAUACAAUGAUUUGUAUUUGUAAAGAGAUGUUCUAUAUUUUGUAAUUAUUGUACCGUAAUUGAACCGCAGCAAUAUUUAUGGACCCUAAUUAUUGUAACUCUCCACAGAAUUCUAGAUAGAAGUAUUUUUACUUGGAAUAUAUAGAUCUAUAGCAUAAAUAUUUAAAUAGAGCCACCUCUCUCAGUGUAAAUCUCUUUUUGGGAUAAAGUGUCAAGUUUGAACUUGGCAACAGAAGAGAAUUUUUAUUUUUUUUUUCAAUUACCUAAUUGAGUCAAAUAAAUCUCUUUGCAUAAGGGAUGCACAGUUGACUAUUUACAAUACUAUACUUGGAAAGGUAAAAUAUUUAAGUUAUUUUAACAUUUUGAUUGAAAACCAAGAUCUAAUUUUAUUUUAUUAUUAAUUCUGUGGUAAAAAUAAGUAUUAAAGUCCUAAAAAAACUGGCAAGUUCAUGCCAGGAUAUUACUGGUCUUGAGACAAUUUGUUUUGACAUAGUAUGUUAUUCACAUACCCUACUUUGACAGGAAGCAUCUUGGGCAGAAAUUUAUUUCACAGGUAAAUGAAAAUGCUUUACUUCAAUAGUACUUUGCUUGGAAAGAGAAGAAAUGAUAAAAUGAUUCUUCACAGAACCAAAAACUUUGAUAUAAGUAGUACACUAUUGCCUCUACCUUUCUGUUGUUCUAUGUGUCCUAUUUCAAAGAUUUAUUUUUAUGCAAUCAAGAGAGGGCUUAGAUAUUGUUCACAAUGCAGUACCACCCUGAAAUGACUUUGAGGCUGAAAUGUCCUUGGAGGAAAAUCAAAAAACACUGAAAGCUACUGUCUAUUUUGUUAGCACUGGAUAACAAAGACUUGUUCUAACAAGUUACCUUAUCAGGUUUUACCUGUAGAUCAUAUGCUAGAUAGCAAUCCAGUUCACAUUUUUACAAAUGUGAUGUUUAAAACAUGUCAAUAAACAUUUUGUACAUAAUGACAGUUUCCUAUGAAUAGCUUACAGACUUCCUCUGAAAUCAUUCUUAUUUCAAAUGCCAGGAUAAGAACUUAAAGGUUUGUAAAUUAUUUCUUGACCUACAUCAUUUUGUAUUAAAACAAAUGCAAAAUGUUCUUCAAAAUAAAACUGUGUAAUAAUUUUAUUAUA